AUGGCGUCCAUCAAUAUCACCCCCCCUCGUGAUCCCAAUACCUUAUCCAACUACAACAACUGGGUUACGAAGCAUACCAUUGCAGAUCUUGCUAUUGAUUUCAAGAAGCAGCGCCUGACGGGCACAGUUACCCUGCAAUUGGAGUCCACCACAGAGAAGGAAUCUGAAGAAAUCAUUCUCGAUACUAGCUUCCUGGAUGUUCAAGAGAUCAGUGUCGAUGGGAGUAAGAGCAAGGACUGGAAAGUUAAGGAACGCUUCGAGCCGUAUGGUAGCCCUCUCACUGUCAAAGUACCUGGGGGUGCUUCAAAGGGUACCAUUGUUUCAUUGGAUAUUGCACUGUCAACCACAGACCAGUGUACAGCCCUGCAGUGGAUGGCUCCAGCCCAAACAUCGAACAAGAAAUUCCCAUACAUGUUUUCCCAAUGCCAGGCUAUCCACAGCAGAUCUAUCUUUCCUUGUCAGGAUACGCCAGAUGUGAAGAGCACAUAUGAUUUCCGCAUCCGCUCUCCACUCCCGGUUUUGGCCAGUGGCUUGCCUACUGGAGCCUCGUCUUUUAAACAUGGCGAGAAUGGCGAGUCUGGAACCUUGCUCUAUUCGUUCCGCCAAGAAAUCCCAAUGCCAUCUUAUCUCUUCGCCCUGGCAUCUGGUGACAUCGCGACUGCCUCCAUUGGCCCCAGAUCCUUAGUAUCCACGGGUCCAGAGGAGCUUUCUGAUGCCAAGUGGGAGUUAGAAGCGGAUACGGAAAAGUACAUUGAAAUCGCUGAGAAGUUGAUCUUUCCAUAUCAAUGGACUCAGUACAAUGUUCUGGUAUUGCCUCCUAGCUUUCCUUACGGCGGUAUGGAAAAUCCCGUAUUUACCUUUGCCACGCCCACUAUUAUCAGCGGGGAUAGGGAGAAUGUGGAUGUUAUCGCGCAUGAGUUGAGCCAUAGCUGGAGUGGAAACUUGGUCUCGAACGCCAGCUGGGAACAUUUCUGGUUGAAUGAAGGUUGGACAACUUAUCUUGAACGUAGACUCCUAGCUGCUCUUCAUGGCGAAGCUCACCGAGACUUUUCUGCUAUUAUCGGAUGGACAGCUUUGAAGGAAUCUGUAGAUCGUUUCGGCGAUGACCACGAAUUUACCAAACUUAUCGUUGAUCUUAAAGGCAAAGAUCCCGAUGACGCAUUCAGCAGCAUCCCAUAUGAAAAGGGAUUUCAUUUCCUCUAUUAUCUAGAGAAGCUUGUUGGCAAGCCUACAUUUGACAAAUUCAUCCCUCAUUAUUUCACAACCUGGCUUAAGAAGUCUCUCGAUUCCUACGACUUCAAAGCAACGCUCUUAGAUUUCUUCGCUUCCGACAAAGAAGCAUCUAAGGCGCUCGAAUCGGUCGAUUGGGAUUCAUGGUUCUACAAACCAGGCAUGCCGCCAAAGCCUGAUUUUGAUACCAGCAUGGUCGAUAAGUGUUAUGCGCUAGCUGAUAAAUGGGAAUCACAGGAUUAUAAACCCAGCCCCUCUGACAUCCACGGUUGGACAGCUAAUCAAGUCGUCGCCUUCCUUGAACGUGUCCAGUUGUUUUCAACACCAAUCAGCACUUCCCAAUCCCGCGCCAUGGGAGAAGCAUACUCUCUUACGGAUACCCGUAAUGUUGAACUUAGCUCACGCUACUACGGCAUCGGUCUUAUAGCUAAAGAUGAGAGCGUCUACCAGCCUGCAGCAGACUUGCUAGGUAAGGUUGGAAGGAUGAAGUUCGUACGACCGCUAUAUCGGCGAUUAGCUGGGGUAGAUAGGGAGCUCGCGGUCAAGACUUUUGAGAAGAACAAAGACUUCUAUCAUCCGAUCUGUAGAGCUAUGGUGGAGAAAGAUUUGCAUGGUUAG